GCGCAGCCGGAACCCGCGCUGUCAGUGAGCGUCCAGGCAGUCCUUCCACCCCGCGCGUCUCCGCGCCAUGGCCGCCCCGCCGCAGCUGAAGGCUCUGCUCCUGGCGGUGAACGCGCUGCUGCGCAAGCGCCGCUACCACGCUGCGUUGGCCGUGCUUAAGGGCUUCCGGAACGGGGCCGUCUAUGGAGCCAAAAUCCGGGCCCCUCAUGCUCUGGUCAUGACCUUUCUCUUCAGGAGCGGCAGCCUCCGGGAGAAGCUGCGGGCCAUUCUGCAGGCCACCUACACCCACUCCUGGAACCUGGCCCGCUUCGUGUUUGCCUACAAGGGUCUCUGCGCCCUGCAGGCCCACCUGCAAGGCCAGACCUACCAGGCUCACUCCUUCUUGGCUGCCUGCCUUGGGGGCAUUCUGAUAUUCAGGGAGAACAACAACAUCAACAGUCAGAUCAACAUGUACCUGACAUCACGUGUCCUGUUUGCCCUGUGUCGCCUGGGCGUGGAGAAGGGCUACAUCCCUGAGCCCAGGUGGGACCUGUUCCCUCUGCACACCGGGGUGAUUUGGGGGAUUGUGCUGUGGCUCUUCGAGUACCACCGGCACACGCUGCAGCCUUCACUGCAGUCCUCCAUGACCUACCUCUAUGAGGACAGCAAUGUGUGGCAUGACAUCUCGGACUUCCUCCUGUAUAACAAGAGCCAACCUUCCAAGUAACAGGGCCUGCAGUGUCUCUGGGGGCUCCUCUACCCAGCCUGGAGCCGAGGCCAUGGCCAGUUGUGGCUGGAAGUCUGGCUCCAUAUGCAAACCCUCCCAGAGGACCCUGCCUUCUCCAAGUUGUGGCCUCACACUCCAGCUCGCAUCAGUCCAGGAUUCCAGUUGCUGAAGUAAAAGCACUGAUGUUCCCAGUAGGUACUUUGGGAUGGUAUGAAAAGUGGAGAAAUCUACCUGAGGAGUUUUGGGCUUGGAUCCAGCUGUGCUGCUAAUUUACGCAAGUCGCACUCUGCUCUGGGGCUCAGGGGUCCCGGAGGGAGCUUGAGGAAUACCUUGGGAGUAGGGUCUUUUUCUGGUGAGUGUGUUGGGUCUUCCACUGUCCUUGGAUAAUACAGGACUCCUUGCUGGUGGGCUGUGGGUUGCAAAUGCUUAAAAAAAUCAAGUUCCUUUUCUCGUAUGUACUGAAGAGGUUCUAGAACCUCACUGCCUAAAAGAAACACAACAUGAGUCAUAUAUGUAAUGAAAAGUUUUCUAGGGCUGGGGCUACAUCACCAGUGAUAGAGCUCUUGCCAAACAUGUAUUAGACCUGGGUUCCAUUCCUAGCACUGGGAGAAAGAAGUAGAAACGAAUGAGGUUAAUCUUAAUUACAUAUUUUUAACCUAAUA